UAUAGCUGAACAUCUGUAAAACUUUUAAAGUGGCAAUUUUAUAUUAUAUGAAAAGAAUACCUUAAUUAGUAUCAAUUAAGUAUAUAAAAUCAAACUUAUCCUUUUUUAAAAUUAUAUUAUAUUAUAUGCAAUCAUUUAAUUAAGGAAGACGAGAAAGUAUUUUCUUGUCAGAGGAUAUUUAUUAAUAAUCUAUAAAUAAACAUAAUUUUUAGUUGAUUAAUAAGCUGCACGACUAUGGCUACACGAAAGAGAAGUGGCUCUGGUUCUAAAAGACAUUUAAAAGAGAAAGUCGUACAGAUAUACGAAUCAUUCUUUAGAGGCGAAGACUUAACAAGUGAUAACCCAACAUUUUGGGAUGAGUUUUUUCUGUUAAAACCUAAAAUUCCUCAGCUUGAAGCUGAAAUACAUAAGCUGUCCGCUGAACAACUAACCAAUUUAAAAGACAAUAUCAAUUUAUUGGUUCUACAAUGCAUAGAAAUGUUGGGACAAGAACAUCACAUAAGGUUGGUGUAUGCACUGCAGACGUUCAGUGCAAUAUUGACUACCAUGUAUCAAAGAGCGGGGCAAGAUGCUACUCUGAAUAUCAAGACUAUUUUAUUAGGAACAGAUACUGCAAAUGCAAAAAUGCAGAAACUAUUAGAACACUGCAGUACAGUGUUAUCAGGUGAUGUACCGGAUAGCUUGAAAUCAAUGGUGCUGAAGUUACUAUUAAUAAUUGCAACCGGAAUAGAUAAUAUUGAUGACAACCCACUGGUGGAAUAUUUAAUGCUUCAUUCGUUGUUUGAGCCUCUGAUACAGUUACUGUGUACAGCGACCGAAAGACAGCAACAUGGGUAUGACGUCGUACUGCUCCUGAUGUUCCUAGUUAAUUAUAAAAAGCAAGAAUCUGCGAAUCCCUACGUCGUGAAACUGUCGAUACUUGACGAUGAACUGGCCCUAAAUGGAUACGGUCAAGUAAUUAGAGCGGCAUUGAACGACUUCGUGAUGUCAACAUUCGGAGGAAUGCAGGCGAGUGGUGGCGGGUGGCUGUCAUCUCUAACGAGUAUGGUGGGAGGUAUAUUUCUCACCAGCGACGAUACGCAGCCAGUGGUUAGAGGACAAAGAAAUAGUGGCGGCGAGGAGGGCAUGCUGCUGGCGCUGUACGAGGCGUCUCACCUGAACCGCAACUUUAUGACGACGUUGGCGCAUUCGUCGUCCGCAGCCGCUUCCUCGGCGCCCCCCUCCCCACCACACACGCUCCCCCCGCACCAGAGCCCACCUAACUUAGCACAGAUUCAAGCGCUUGACAAUGAUCAGCCAACAAACCUACUAGUCACGUUCUUUCAAUACUGUUCCAUAGUGAUGGCUGACACGCGAACAGAGGCCAGCAUCAAUAAGUGCAGCCUGUGUUUCAUCACACUCACUUGUAUUGUUGAGGAACAGUUUGCAAAUUCUAUAAUGCAUGAUCAAAAUCUUACGUUUAAGGUCCAACUGUACAGGCUACCAAUGCGUCACAGAAAAAUAGUUCCUGAAGAACCUCCGUCACAACCUCUCGCUUCGACGCUCAUCGAGCUGCUGGUGGAGUUCAUGAUGUGCCACCUGCUGAAGAAGUUCCCGGGCGCGCUGUACGAGCUGUGCGUGGGCGUGCUGCUGCGGCUGCUGAGCUACCAGAAGCGCUGCCGCGUGCGGCUGGCGCGCGACUGGCGGCCGCUGUGGGCCGCGCUCAUCGCGCUGCUCAAGUUCCUCGUGGCGCACGAGGCCGCGCUGCUGCGCCGCCACAACGUCUUCGUCAUGGCGCAGCAGGUUGUUAACAUAUUCAACCUGUUCAUCACGUUCGGGGACACGUUUCUGCCGACGCCGUCGUCGUACGAUCAGCUGUACUACGAGUUGAUCCGGAUGCAUCAAGUUUUUGACAAUCUAUUUUAUAUGGCGCUCCGCUACUCGACGGCGGCGGGCGAGUACAAGGCGGAGGCGCUGCGGCUCGCCAACUGCCUCGUCAACGUGCGCGCCAUCAUCCAGCACUUCUCGCCCAAGAUCGAGGCGUGGCUGGCCUCGCAGAGCCUCUCCACGCCCACCGAGGACCAGAACACGACGCGACGUCACGGCCGGCAGAUCCUCGAGGUGGUCCGCAAGAACUACGACAGCCUGAUCCUGAAGCUGCAGGAGGGGCUGGAGGCGUACGAGCGCUACGACGAGCGCGCGCAGCGGGCGCUGCUGCUGCGCCUCGCGCGCGCCGCCGCCGCCGCCGCGCGCGCGCGCUCCGACGCCGCCGCGCUGCGCCUGCACUCCGCCGCGCUGCUGCACCACUACACGGCGCUCGCCUAGCGCCCUAAUACUCAUAUCACUUUCACGAUCCUUGUCCGUUCUGCUGCAUUUUAAUAUUUAUUUUACCAAAACCUUAACCGAUUGAGACGCUGACGAUACCCGAUGACCUUCGACGUUCCGAUAUUUUAACCGUGUGGUUAACCAGUAUAUUAUUUACAUUUAUUACUAUAUCCGAUAAAGCGAAAGAGAAGAGUUUGUUUAUUAAUUUGAUAACUAUAUGUUGAUAAAUACAACAUAUUACAAAAAACACAAUUUUCAAAGAACAACAACGUCCCCUCUCCCCGCACAGUCCCCUUAGACUUCAGUCUUUAUUCAGCAUUUCUUGGUUAAUAAUUUUGCAAAUGAAUAAUUCGGGACGGCAACGCUCGACCUAUUUUGGCCAUAAGUUACAUAUAUGUAUAUUAUGAUGUUGUAAAUUAUUAAAUG